CGACAGGUGGAUAAUAUAGAGGUCGACAUUUCUAAUGAGAAGUGAAAGAUGGUUGUCACUUUAUUAGCAUUAAUUGCAGCAGGGCUCGUUGUCCUUAUUGUCAUUCUAACAUUUUUAUCGCGUCGGAAUUCUGGUAUCCACAAAAAGGAUGACGACCAAGGGGCAGCACACAAUCAGCCAGUCAGGAGAGCAGCCGGAGCUAGAAAUGCCCGACGUCGUUUGCGAGGAAACGCGGCUGCCCAACCAGAUAGGGUGGAUAACGUAGCUAGAGACGAAGGCAACGAAGAACAGGAAGACAAAUCUGGAGUACCCGAUGGUAAAAUGGGCACUAAGAAACGAGCCAAGCUCGAAGCAAAGGCUGAGAAAAAGGCAUUAAGGGAAAUAGCAGAACGUGAACGAGGAGAGCGUAAAAAGAGAGAUCAGUUGCUUCUGAAAGAACGGGAGAAGCUGAGCGAAGAAGAGAAAGCAGAGGAGCAACGUCAAGAGGAGGCAGAGAGAAAGGCAAGAGAAGAACAGGAAAGAAGGGAGUACGAGGAGUAUCUGAAAAUGAAAGAAGCCUUCAGCGUGGAAGAAGAGGGCUUUGACGAAGACGACGAAGACGAGCAGAGAAACCUAUUACAAGAGUUCCUCGAUUACAUUAAACAAACAAAAGUAGUACUACUUGAAGAUAUAGCUCUUCACUUCAAGAUGAAGACGCCUAAGGUUAUCAAAAGAAUUCAAGACUUACAAGCAGACGGUAUCUUGACAGGGGUCAUAGACGAUCGUGGGAAAUUUAUUUACAUUUCGCAGGAAGAACUCGAGGCUGUUGCCAAGUUUGUGCGCCAACGAGGCAGAGUCAGCAUUUCAGAGCUUGCGGAAAAUUCAAGUCGAUUAAUAAACCUCAAUCCAGAUAAUAUUAUCGAAGCUAGGUAGCGUUAUUACUAAUUCUAUGGCUACUACUUAGUAAUACGAAUGAAUCCAAGUUGUAAUUAUGAAGUAUAAUAACUUAUUAUAUAAGUUUAUUAAGUAUCAAAAGAAAUAAUGGAAUGUUUAACAAAUUACUAUAUUUAUUUUACACCGGAGAGAAUUUUUGUUGGUGAUAGCACAAACUGUGUACAGAAAACGAGGACGUACUCCUUAAGGGGCCACAUUAAUUUAUCGAUUAAACUAUUACCUUUCUCUAUAAAACUCAUUUUUUGUCAAUUGUGGAAGUAACCAGGAUCGAUAUAAUUGAUCCAUUUCAUUUGCAAAUUGUUUCCCAAGUUGUAUGCAUCUUUUGGGUCCUUACAGUUUACGUCCACGCAACCGAAUUAUUUAAGCUCCAUUAACGAAAGCCAUAAAAUAGAUUUACUGCAAUGAUGCUUA